AUGUCGAUCUUGAACGCGGACAUAACGCACAUCCUCAUCAACGAUCUGUUGUCUAGUAAUGGAGGUGCGCCAUCUGCGCUAUUGACACUUGCCAGCACAAGUCGAUCUUUCCGCGAGUCGUGCCUCCCCUACCUCUUCUCUGAGGUUCGGUGGCCCCAUAAAUCCAAGGCUGACGAGGAAUCUGGCCUUCAUUUCUUCCCUGAGGGCCUCUGGCCAUAUAUCAGGCAUUUUCGGCUAGAAUGGUUUGAUGAAUGGACAGAACCCAGUCGCCUCAAGUGGGGAACGACGGACAAAGAUGGUAAUUAUGUCCCUUGCGAUCUGGUCAAAUUGAAUUCGGCGAUCGCCAAAAUGCCCAAGCUGUCGAAGGUGACACUAUGCUGCCCCUUCGUCGUACCCCGGUCCCUCUUUCAAUCAUUGGGUCUCUCGCGAUCCCUUAGCGCCAUCACAUUCAUCGACACGCCGAUUCAAAUAGGCAUAACGUCCAUCUCCCCCGUUACGCUCAAGCAGAUCUCCCUUACAGCUGUUGGGCAGACACUUCGCGUUGGUGAUGGACCGACAGAACCAAGGUUUUCUGAUAUCACAUACUUCAUACGUGACUGGAGGAGGAAGUAUCGCUCCCAGGUCAGCUGGAGGCAGGUCCAAGAAACACAAGCCUCCAUCGCAUUCAUCAAGACGCACGCAGCGCACAUCACACAUCUCGAGCUGUCCGGUAGUUUGUGCUCUUUUGGUGCUCUAUCCAGAAUAGAUUGGCCGUUUCUGAAAACUUUUGCGCUGACCGGUAAUGUUCCGGUUACACAGCCGUAUGAGCCGCCAGCGCAUGUGCAGCUUUUCAACGUGCUUGCACGUAUGGAUGCGUUGGGGGACCUGCGUCUACUCUUCGCACAAAGCAAAGCUCAGGAGUUUCACAUCCUUGGGCACGAUGAUCCUCCUGAUCCGGCGCACAUAGCAAAGCUCGCAACUCUUACUGAUUUCGCCAUAUCAAACGCUUGCAAGCUUGACGGAAUUCUCAAUCACAUGUCAUCUCUCCAGCGACUUGCCAUUCUCGCCAUCGUAGAUCUUCCUCGUUGGCCCAUUGCGCUUGGCCAAGCAGAGGUUGACCGUGUGCUCGCGGAUGUUGCUGCGAGCAGCUGUGAGCUCCACCAUUUGCGCAUUAUCAUCGAGGACAAGCUCACGCCCAACGUGUGUUGGUCCAUCACCUCCAACUGCCCUCACCUUCAGACGCUAGAGAUCGAGCGGUGUGGUUACCACGAUGGUAAAUCGGUAUCAAGCUGGCAAGAGUUCCUCGAAGCAUUGUCCCCUCUAUCUGCUCUUCGAGACCUGCGCAUCUGCAUGCAAUUCCCAGAGUACGAUGAUGUCGACGAAUUGGAGUCAUGGCGCACAGUACGCAAAGACUGUGCCAAGGACCUCGCGAUGGGCCUCAAGCUGCUCGGCAAGGUCGGUUUUGAGUACAGGAAACGCGCAGGGACCCACCGUUACCAGGAUGCGUGGCUGGACUUCGAAAUCAGUCGGAGCAAAGGAGGGGCUGUCGAGCUGUGUCAGCUGCCAGCUAUGUGGUACCAGUUCCCCGAGGUGUGGGAGCCAUCGCGGUCGCCGUUUUGA